UUGAAGUAGAGAUAGAAUAUAGAGACUGCACAAGCGCUCGUGUGGACAUUGCCAGUUUAAUUCUGAUGUGAUUCCAAACAAUUAUGUAAUACAAUGCCUAAAAGAAUAGUCACUGAAUAUAAAGAUGAGUGUCUUUUACCAGUUCACAUCAAGGAUGGCCAGUAAGGUCAUGUAAAUGAGGAUAUCUGGUGUACUUAUUUUUCUAAUAAUUAUUUGUGUGUGUGUGCAGGUGGUGACGUUAUGGUAUCGUGCUCCUGAAGUGCUGCUUCAGUCCAGCUAUGCUACUCCUGUGGAUCUGUGGAGUGUCGGCUGCAUCUUUGCUGAGAUGUUCAGACGGCGACCUCUUUUCCGUGGGAACUCUGAUGUUGACCAGUUAGGCAAGAUUUUUGAUGUGGUGGGGGUCCCUUCUCCAGAGGACUGGCCACAGGAGGUGGGCUUGCCACAGAGUGCCUUUUCCCCUCGUCCUCCCCAGCCAAUAGAGGACCUGGUGCCUGACAUGGAUGAGCUGGGCAAAUCACUUUUACUUCGUUUCCUGUCAUUUAACCCCUCCAGAAGGAUAUCAGCUUACGAUGCACUGUCUCACCCAUACUUCCAGAGUCUGGAUAGCACCAGCAAGAGCCUGUACGCUCAACCCUUUCCCAGCCAAAAGCCCUCCCUGGAGGAGAGAGCUGCUUGAAAAGAUGUGGUUCCAACUCUUGACAAAGACCCCCUAGGAGCUAGUCUUUCAUAGCAUAACAUUACAUGCUGCUUUCAAAAAUAUCACCGCAACUAUUGGUCGAUCGUGUUAAGUCUUUGCCCUCACUACUGCCAGCUAACAUGGAUCAACAACAAUGCUGCCUGGAAUUAUGUGUUAAACAAUAUCAGAAGCUGCUCUCGUCUCCCACCCACCUUCCUCAAAGGAAGUUUGUCUGCUCAGAGGAAAAUGUGCUUCUUGUAUCUGAAGCCGCAUUAUGACACUGCCAGGGAUCGUCUGUCUGUUUGCAUCAAUGCAAUCUAAAGGUCUAAAUUGAGUCUUAGCUGCACAUCACUGCCAUAAAACAGCAAGGUCUUACGUGGGACCGUGUCUGACUCACAUGGAUUAAGCUAGUAGAACCACAACUACUGCAAAUUCAGGCCCGUUGAGCGGAACCUCUUAUUUUACACCUUAAGACAGAAUCGCUAAUUACCUUCUCUUUUUUUUGAGCUUCCAAAGUCCUCUCAGUCACAGGCCAGGAGGAUUUUUUUUGUAUUGUUUUCCCAUCACGUUGUUACUUCGCAGUUCAAGCUGGAGAGCGUGGACACAUCUCCUUGUGUGACGUUUUUUGAAGACUGCAUAACCACAGACACUAGUGCUCUAUUUAAUAUAGCAUUUCGUCGCAAACAUCCUGGUGUCACCCGAAUCGUCCAGGACGGAGCUACCAAACGCUUUGAAGCACUAUUUAACACCAUAUUUCCUUGACAUUAUAAUGUACUUGUAUUUUUUUUCUUCUUCAAUAUGAAUUCCACAUCCCGUUCACUUAUUUUAUUAUGUCAGUGUUGAUUGUUGACAUGUUAUGUCUUAAUUUUAGUGAACUUGAAGGUGUAGGUUGGUGUAGAAAACUCGUUGAUAUGUAUACCAAACAGUCUGCACCCUGUCGUCAGGGAUUUAGUGGCGAGACGUAGUCGAAGGAUGACCCGCGCAGGGUUGCAUGUUGAAUUUAGGCUUGAUUUAGAGCAGAAACAAGCUGAGAUGGAUAACAGAAAUACAUGUAUGAAAGCGCUAGCGCGUAGUUAUGAAAGUCUAGUAAAAGUAGCUAUAGAGUUGGUGAGUGUUAAGUUCAAGGUGAGAUUCGUUCCAGGCUCGGAGAGUAAUGUAGAAUCCAAUGUAGACUCCAUUGAUUAAGUCCAGGUUCGUUUCUUUACACGCAUUGCUACAUCCUUCCAUUUCCAGUUUCACUUAAUUGUCUGGAUAGAUCAUCACAAAAAGUGCAAGUCCGUUAGAUGGGUUGCUUUCAGUGCCUUCGUGUUUAGCGUGUGACGAACAUGUGGAGGGAAGGAAGGCCGCUGCUUCAGAAUUUAGCAUUUAGCCUGGACGAUCCCAGGUGAAGCUGUUUGAUGAGGAGUUAUAGGCAGGCACAGUACUACAAAACAUUCACACAGUUAAAGGGAUAGUUCACUUCAUUCACCCUCAUGUCUCUCCAAACCUUAUAGUGGAACACAAAAGGAGAUAUUUUGAGGAAUGUUGGCAGCCAAUCAGAUUUGGUUACCGUUGAUUUGCAUUGUAUGGGCAAAAACAAACACUGAGACUCGAAAUGUCUUUUUUGUGUUCCGCAGACAUGAAGGGCGAGAAAAUGACGAAAGAAUGUUCAUUUUUGGGUGAACAAUCCCUUCAAGCACUGAUGCUUGAUUCAUUCUCUCAGGAUCGGUAAACUCAUUCUGUCGCAUUCCAUGCUCAGGUCUAUUUAUGACUAGUUUUAGAUACAACCAGGGUUCAGGUUUUAGUCGAAUCAUUAAGUUCACAGUUAUUGAUUAUGGUCUCAGUGCCAUCUGGAUACAAUAGUAUUGGGUUAUUUAUAUGGUUCACUUGCAUUUCCAUAAAUUUGAACAGGUAACGAAACAUACAGUUGGUCAUUUGAGCAUUUAUUGUUCUUUUUGUAUUUAUACAAUAUUAUUAUUAAUAAUAUUAAUAUUAUAUUUGUUGUGUUAGUUCACUGUCGUGCGGCAACUUUUGUACUGUUAACAUGUUUGAUUUCACAAAUAUUCUCUGAUCAGUGUCUAACCAAUGAUUUGUAACAUCUCCACUGAACUGACGUUACGCCGGCACAGCUUUACCCUCCUCUAGAUAAGUCUGUGAUUGGAUCUGGUGAUUUCAGAGGGCAUUAGAUAUCAAAUGAUGUAAACCAAUGUAACCGUAUGCCUUUACGUUUGUGGGUCUUGAAUAGAACUAAUCCGUUUUUUGAGCUUCAUAGUGUUUUAACAUUUUAAAUGUAUUAAAUGUUAGGCUUUCGAAUGUACGACCCAUUCUUGUUAGUGUUGGAUUAAGAAUUUUUGCGUGAUGUUAUGCUGAAAAAAUAGCACCUUUUUAUAUUCGUCCAUCUCAGUGCUUUUCCCCAUGAUUUUUUCUCCUUUAGGGAAUCUGUUGUUGAUUUCUUUUUUAUUUUUUGUUUUUUUUUUUGUUUGAAAUGAUUUGCUUUAGUUAGUCGUUUUCAAAAUCUGUUUGAAAAUUUGAAGCGAAUUACGUUUGAGACUGCUUGAAAUUGCUGGAGAUUGGUACAUAAUGUUUUGCUCCCUACAUUUUGUUCUUAUUUAUUGACAUUUCGUCUUUUGUUUGGUUGGCUGGAAUGCUUCAGAAGGCAUUCUGUCAAUAUAAUACUCAAAUUUGUGAUUGGACAGCGAUGAGCUAAUGGUGCUACGCCUCGUGUCACUGCAGACUUGAACAACUGUUAUCAAUUAGGCAAACUUGUUCCCAAAGGGACAGUAACAAUAAAAGUGUCUUUUGAAAUAUUCUAUUAUUAUAUUUUGGUUUCUUUUUGUUGCAUUACAUUUGUAUUAUAUUUGACCAGUUUUACAUGUCUUCCCAUUAUGACUUAAAUAAUUUAUAAUGUUCUCCAGACAGAGAAUACUUUGAAUUAAAAAAUCAUUAAGCUGGAUCCAUUAGAUUCUAAUAAUGUAAUAUGCUAAAUCAUCCACCAUGAAUACAUAUUCUAAUCAAUGUGCACAAUGUUUUCAUUCUGUUUAGCUGCUGCACAGACACUGUGUAAUGAAAGUCAAUUAUUACCUUUCUAAUGCGACUCUUUAAUGUUAUUUUAUCAGCAGCUUUGUUAUAUUUUAUUCAUUGAUAAUCAAGUGUUAUAUCACUUUAGACUACAUCAAAUGUAUUUGGUUCAUUCUACUUAUUCUUUAAAAAAAAAAUAUGUAAACCGAGUGGAAUGAUUUCUGAUGUUCUAUGAUAUAUCUCUGUUUUAUAAUCAUAAUAUGUAUAUCUUUACAUUUCUUAUUUGUUGCUCUUUGUUUUGUGGAUUUCUGUAACCAUUAAAAGUGAUAACUUUAGCCAUUUUUUAACUGUGCACAUUGAUUAGAAGUGGGAAGUGUUGGUCAGGGUUUUCUUUUUUCCACACAUUGGCUGGAGACAGUGGAUAGUUCGUUUUUUUUGUAAGCACCCAAUCUGUGGUGUAUAUUUUUAAUUGUUAUUUGGCAUUUUAUGUUGUCAGCAAUUGUUGUAAGAUGUGGGGAUGGAAAAAUGUGUACAUGAAAAUUUAACUUUUUUUUUUUUCAACGCUUUGAUUGAAAGUCUUGUUCAGCUGUAUGUAUUUCUGUUGCUUAAUCAGUUUGCGUUCUUCUGCUUUAGCAUCUAUAUUUUUUAAGCAAUGAAAUCACAUGUUGAUGUACUGUAGAUCACAUGCAUGUGACGUUAAUUUUGUUUAAAAAGUCUUGUCAAGUUCAUCUAGUUAUGAUUAGUCCAAUGAUGGUUAAUCAUACAGUAAGUAGAAUGUAUCUUCUUUUUUAUGAUGGAAUACUGAAAUUCAGUUCAUAAUUAAUCUCUUUAAAGCUAUGUUUUUCUGUUAAAACAGCACAUUCUUUCAUUUAAAGCAGAUGCUUUGUUGAUAUAUUCAUUUCAUUCAGCUACUGUUGUCAGUAAAGUGCAAAGAAUUGUAAAAAGUUUUGCAAGAACCAAAUUGAAAUGAGUGUGUUGGUCAUUGUGCCCUUAAAGGACCAUAUUAGUUUUGUUUUCUUCUUUUCUUUAAAAAAGGGUGAGUGAGAUGUGGUAGGAAUUUUUUUUUCUUUUUUUAAAUCUGGACUGGUUUUGCUGCUAAUGUUUGUCUUAGGCUCUGGCUCCUGUGUGAGUUUUAUUAAACUGGCCCACCUAAAGAUUCCAAUUUGCUGCCAUUGAGAAAAAAAAAGCUGCUUUCGCAUUUGUGUUAUAUCUGUAUCUGCCUGAUGUUUUCGUAUUUUUGUAAAAUAAAUAUUCCAGUGUGUAAA